CUGUGACAGGGUCAUCAGUGACUGGGGAUAGGCUACUGUGAAUAGAUGCAUUCUUGUCAAGCAUGUCAGGGGGUCGUUGUCAAGGAAAUAUGAUGGUUCGACUGGGACUCUUGAUGAUCUUCCCUGCAUUGUGUCAUGGCUUGGAGAGCUGCUGUGAUGCCACACAGGGUGUAACUCGCUGUUACACACCUCUGGGAGGAACAAUGUGGUGUCUGCUAGUGUCUGAUGCAAACGAAUUAGAGGUAGAAUUUAAACAGAGUAAAUAUGAAACUGGUGAUAACAUACUUAAAAGUAAAAGACAGAAUGUGACUUUCAAUGGAACCUGGAAAGAUCGGUCACACUUCUAUGUCAACAACGGGAUACUGAAGAUAACUGGCACAGUGCAGACUGAUUAUGGGGAUUAUAACUUGACUGUUCAUGAUACAAAUGGUACAUGUGUGAAAUACCAAAAAAUACAGCUGCUUGUUGGAGGUGGGCUCUCUUGGCUGGUUGUCAUCAGCUCUCUAGCAGCUGUGGUUCUGAUGGCUGUGCUUGGGUACUAUUUUCUGAGGCGGAGGAGGCAGCAGCCGGCACCAGACACUGUAGAGAAUCAAGACAUUGCCUAUGCAAGUAUCGAUGUUUCAAAGAUAGCAGAGCGGCACAGAAAGGAGAAGGAGGAGGUGCAGUAUGAUGAGGACAACGUGAGAGUAGAGCCGGAGGAGGUGCAGUAUGGACAGAUUCAGGUGCAGGAACGGUCUGGAAGGAAGAUAGACAAGCCAAAUGCGGAAGAAACCAUUUAUACUGGGAUACAGCUUGGACAUUGAGGUUGAAUACAUUUGACUUAACAUAUGUAUGUGGAAAUUAUGCAUUUUAUUCUAUGUAUAUGUAAAAAGAAAUACAACAACAUCUGUUUAUGUUGGUGUAUGGGGUUAUUUGCAAAAAAAUAUAACUGCACAUUUAAUUGUAUUAAGUAAUUAAAUACAGUGCAUUAUCCAUAUUGGUUUUGUAUGUCUGUAGGCUACUUCUGCCCAACUGUAAAAUAAAUAAAUAAAAAGCCUAAACUCAUAGA